AAGAAUUCAUCAUCUCAACGUUGCUGUUUUGAACUUUGAUGUCGUUUUAGUAGCUGAAAUUUGAUUGAAUAUAAACUCGAUUUUUAUUUUUCUUGUGCAUAAUUCGAGUUAUUAUUGUGCGGACUUGAUAGCAAUUAGGUUAGAUUAGGUUCGUUUUAGUUGUUAAGAUUUUUGUUGAAGUGAAGUUUUAGAUAAAGAUUGAAGCAAUAGUGAAAAGAAAUUGAGAUUGGGAUUGAGUUUUUUAGUUAUAUUUUCUAUAAUUUGGGUUGUUUGUUUGUUUAGAGUUAAAUUAUAAGAGGAUUAAGUGUUUAUUUUGAAGGAUUUGAAGUGGGGGUGCAAUAUUUUUUUUGGUGGGAGAUUAUAACAAUUUAUGUUUUUUCCGUGUUCAUGUUUUGGAAGUUGUGAUGAUUUUAGGCGGUGUAGGUUUUGUUGUUCAAGACAGAUGAAUAUUUUGAUAUACUAAGAUACAAUUUAGAAGUCAGAAUUAUGUUUCCUUCUUGUUAAUUUCUUUUAUGGUUAAUCAUGUUUUUAAUUUUAUAAAUAUCUGAAACAAGUUGGACGGAUAAGAAGACAAUGGGAAAGCGGGAAAAGGAAUUUUCUUUGAUUUAUUAUUUAUCAUUUUUGGACUUUUAACUAGUUUCUAGGAUUUGUCUUACAGUUCUUUUUGAUAACAUGAGAUAUUGGAUUCAAUGUGUCUAACAAACGGCUAUGCAGAAGGCUGAACUGCCACGACAUUUUCAAAAAAGGGAAAGGGGAAGGUAGUCAAGGCUCCUGGAAAGCAGUAUAUGGGUGCAGUUGCCACUGGAGUCAUGCAAUCUGCAAAGAGAACUUAUGGGAAGCACCAUAAAACAGCAGGAUGGAUUUCAUCGUUAUUUGGAACUCACUCUAAGCAAACUGAAGAAGAUAUCUUCUGUGCUUAUGUGUCUUAUUAGCAAAUGGGAUGGUUCAAAUGUUACUCUUGGGGAACCCAUACUGUUCUCGUACAAUGUCGUGGAAAACUUUGCUAGUUAUAGAUGGAAAAUGAAUGACAUUAGCAUCAGUGCAAGAGAUGUCUAUACAGCUAUCCCACCGUUUUCCACUGAAGGUAUGCCUGCUCCUCCAACACUGAAGCUUCAACCUCGAAAUGCCUUCUCCACAAUUUCAUUAGAGGGGUCAUUAAAAUCUGAAGUACAGCAAGGUUACAGCAGUAACGUGGCCAAUACAUUUGGCUAAGUAAAAGAAAUAGAAGCAACAAGUGAAGAACAUGAACAUAUAAUUGGAAAUGGAGCAACAACUGCAGUGCUGGCACAGAACAUGUCUUUUGAUAGACCAAUGAAUUCUGAGGAUAAUGAAGUGAGAAUGGAUAGCAGUGUUGUGAAUUAUCUUUGGAGGCAUGCCGUAUGAAGCAUCCUUGCAGGGCAGGCUCAAUGCUUGUGAUGUGAAAUCAAACGGGAGCAAUGCAGGCUUGCAGCCAUCUCAACCAAUUUAUGAUUCAUUUGAUGCUUUUCUUGCUCGCCGAAUGAAUCAUUCUCAAGGUCCAAGGCCUCUGACUUCGACUCUGCCUCCUUAUGUCUCACAUUCAUCUAUUUGGGAUGCUGAAGACACAAGUCAUGCAUUUGCAUUUCGAAAAUUCUCUUCCUCAGAGAAGGAAUCUAGUUCAUUCAGUCAGGGUGCUGGCCCUAAGUCAUUCAAGUUCUCAAAUGUGACCAAGGUUUGCUUGAUUGAAUUUAUGUUGCAACAUCAUAUGCUGUGUUAUUUUCUUAUCGACGUCUUGCAGGCCAAUGCCCAACAGGUGCUUUCACAGGGCCAUGCUUGUCCAGAAUCCGAGUCAGACUUGCAGUUGAAAUGUCUAAAACAUGGAGAUCGACACUGUGGGGACCUUCGGUCUUGGCUUAUCAUCCUUGCGAAAGAUUCAGUGGAGACAAACAUUAGCACGAGCGGCAUUUAGAAUUAGCAACCUCAUCAUUAUUGUAUCGAAAGGCGAACAUAUAAGAGACCUGAAAUUCUUUACAAAUGAUUUGAUAUACAAUCUUCAUAUAGCAGGAAUUUCUAUCUGCCUAUUCUGCCCGACUCUUUCACGAUGGAGGAGCUUCUCCCUCAAUUCCUCAGCCAUACUUUAGCCAAAAUCCAAAAAACUGCCGGCAAAAGGGCGGCUUCUGUAUAUGCUCUUUCACCCUUUCCACAUACCUUGUUCGUCACGAACUAAUAAGAAGAGUAAAACAAGAAACAAACUUUAAAAGAAGAAGAUCAAAUGGACCGAGUUCUUGAGAAGAAGAUCAAAUGGGGUGUGUUCAGACGAAAGAGUCAACUUAUUCCCCGCCUCAGCUUGAGAGGAUGAAGCAUGAGAAUAGGUAUGUGAAGGUGGUGCAUAAAGUGGUGGCUGUGGGGAGGGAGCAUAGUGGGAAGUUGGUGAAAAAUGAAGGCGGUGGGGAGGCUAAGGUAGGGCCAACUGGUGAAGGAGUGGUGGCGAAGGGCAGUGGAGGUGGCGAGCGGAGGACGGUGGUUAGAAAGAAGAUGGAAGGAGAUGAACUUGUGGGUGGAUGGCCUAAAUGGCUUGUUGAGAAUAUUCCUACUGAUGUUUUGGCUUGUUUGGUUCCCAAAAGCGCUGAUUCUUAUGAUAAUGUAGACAAGGUAGGCCAAGGAACCUACAGCAAUGUGUACAAAGCCAGAGAUAGAGACACAGGAAAGAUUGUGGCCUUGAAGAAGGUAAGGUUUGACACAUCUGAGCCUGAGAGUGUCAAGUUCAUGGCAAGAGAAAUAAUGAUAUUGCAGAAGCUUGACCACCCAAAUGUCAUCAAGCUUGAAGGCAUAGCCACUUCAAGAAUGCAAUACAGUCUCUAUUUGGUGUUUGAUUUCAUGCAAUCUGAUUUAACCAGAGUCAUCUCUCGUCCUGGCCAGAGGCUCACUCUUCCUCAGGUGAAAUGCUAUAUGCAGCAGCUGCUUUCAGGGCUACAACACUGCCAUGAAAGAGGGAUUUUACACAGAGACAUCAAAGCUUCAAACUUGUUGAUCGACAAAAAUGGGAUGCUGAAAAUUGCAGAUUUUGGGCUGGCAAAUGUUUACAAUCCAAAACCAAAACGCCCAAUGACGAGCAAAGUUGUGACUCUCUGGUACAGAGCUCCUGAGCUUCUCUUAGGCUCCACUGAUUAUGGAGUUGGCAUUGAUCUAUGGAGUGCAGGUUGCCUCUUGGCUGAAAUGUUUCUUGGAAGACCAAUAAUGCCUGGAAGAACUGAGGUUGAGCAGCUUCACAGGAUAUUCAAGCUUUGUGGGUCACCUUCUGAUGAAUAUUGGAAGAAGAUGAAGUUCACAACCACCUUCAGGCCACCAUAUUAUAAGCCUAGUUUCCAAGAGGCUUUCUCCGAAUUUCCUCGCUCCUCUUUGGGCAUCUUAACAACCCUGCUAUCACUCGACCCUUCAUAUCGUGGCACUGCUGCUUCCGCUCUUCAGUUUGAAUUCUUUAGUUCAAGUCCAUUGCCAUGUGACCUCUCAGGUUUACCAGUAAUUUACAAAGAGGAAGAUGAGCCUGCACAAACCACCAAAUAUAAGAAGAACAAGAGUUCAAAGGGAAAGAAAUCCACUCACAAAAAGCAUAGGCCUCAUACAAGAAAGGAUUCAACUUCAGAAGAAUCCAAAGGAUACCUGACUGAAUCUUCUAGAGAGCUGGAGAAGAAUUCAGACUCAACUUACAUGCACAUGGUUAGCAGUACAGCAAGUAGUUCGUCAUCUUCAAAGCAAACAACAAUUUUACAUGAGAAAAGCUUCAAUGAUGCCUCUCUCUCUCCAAUUGGCCAUAAUUCUCAUGCAAAAAGAGCCCCAGUAACAGAAGGCCACCGUAAUAGUAGUUACAAUCCUUCAAAGAAGAUGAUUCAGAAUUUCACUCUCACUGAAGGCCACCCCAGUGCCCUUAAAAACAUCCAAAAUUACAGUACUCUUUUGCAGGCCUCCAUUGCCGAUAUUGUCAACCACAGACAGGGUAAUGCCUUUGCUCCCUUUAGUAGGUCACUUUCUAACUUGGAUUUUCGGACUCUUGAUGCUGAGAGAAUUGCUAAGCUCUUUGGAAACAACCAAGAUUAGAUUAUUGUUAGUUUUGGUAAUCCAGGACUCUCUCGAACCCGGGUGUGAACGAAAUUGGAGCCCUGUCAAACCCUACCAUGUCUUUAGAUAAGAUUAGGUCAUAUUAUUGAUUGUGUAUCUUGAGUUUUAUUUAUUUUAUAUAUUUUGGACUGAAUUGUGAGAUAUGGUAGCUAUAUUUAUACAUAUGCAAUGCUAAUGUUAAUGAAUUCAUAUCCGACAUUACCUUGUUGAAUUAGCAAAGCAUAUGAAGUAGUUUUGAAGGAUCUUGAGACAUUUGUUCCUUGUUAACAAAGUGGGUUCCAGAUUUAUAAAAUUAUCAGACUUUUAUUAUUA